CAUGGUAAUGGCUUUAAAAAUGGAAAAUGGAUAGAUUUUGAUGAUGAUUUUAAAGAGGCUAAAGUACUAACAUAUAUUGGGGUGUAUAAAAAUGGUAAUAAGGUUGGUAGAUGGAAUAUUACAUUUGAGGGUUAAGAAAUGUAAAAAAAUUCUACAAAUAGUUUAUUAUUAAAUUGUUAGUAGUGGAGGAUCAUAUGAUAUAGAUGGUAAGGGAAUUAAAAUUGGCAGUUGGAUUGAUUGGAUGAAAAAUUUUAUUAUGAAAAAUAAGUAGCUCAUGAACUUGAAUAUAAAGAUGGUAAAAAAGUAGGGGGAUGGAUAUUUAUUGGAAUUGGAAUUACAACAAAAAGAUGUAAAUAUAUUAUAUAAUGUUUUUAUUUUUAAUUUCUUAGUGGUGGUGGAUCAAAUGAUGAACGAAGUAGUGGCUUUAAAAUUGGAAAGUGGAUUUACUCGGAUGAUGGCUAUAAUUAUUGGAAAUAAAAAAUUCUAAAAAGUGAAUAUAUAAAUGGUAAAAAAUUGGUAUAUAAAAUGA